AUGGUCCCCAAAGAGGACCAUCAGUACAUUGGGAUUAUCCAACUGCUUCAUCAUUUCAGGUGGACAUGGAUUGGGAUAUUUGCUGUUGACAACAAUGAUGGAGAAAAUUUCUUACAGAAAAUGCAGCCAUUACUUUCAGAGAAUAGAAUCUGCUCAUCAUUCAUAGAAAGACUUGCACAGCUAAUCCACUUGGAAGACUACCGAGAAGUAAUUCAAAGAAUCUUAAUUAUUUCCAUGAGUUGGGUAAAUAGCCGAGCCAAUGCAUUUCUUGUCUAUGGAGAAUCAUUGACAAUUAUGUGGCUGAGAGUUGUCACAUUUAUAAUAGAUCCUGAAAACAAGGAAAUUGCAUUAUUUAGAAGGGUAUGGAUCAUGACUGCACAGAUUGAUUUCAUAUUAUCAGGAUUCCAAAUCAGUUGGGAUCUCCACAUGUUCCAUGGGGCUCUUUCCUUCACUGUUCAUUCAAGAGCAGUUACAGGUUUCAAGGAAUUUCUUCAGACUGUAAAUCCUCUUUCAGUCUACAGAGAUGGGUUUCUACAGGAAGUUUGGGAACAAUCAUUUGAUUGUUCAUUUCCAAAACCAGAAUUACAAGAAAGGCAUAGUAGGCAAUGCACUGGGGAGAUGAAGCUUGAGGAUCUUCCUGGACCUGCCUUUGAAAUGGAGAUGACUGGCCAAAGCUACAGCAUCUACAAUGCUGUUUAUGCUGUGGCUCAUGCUUUGCAAGCUCUAUACACAUUGCAUUUCAAUAGAAAAAAACCUGUGAUCUGUAAAAACCCUGACCUUUCACAUCUCCAAGCUUGGCAGCUCCAUUCAUUUCUUCAAGGCAUUUCUUUUAACAAUUCAGCUGGGGAGAGAGUGUCCCUGAAUGAGAAAGGGGAAGCAACUGGUGGAUUCGACAUCACCAAUUUGAUCACUUUUCCAAACAGAUCAUUUCAGAGAGUUAGAGUUGGAGAGAUGGAUCUACAGGCUCCAAAAGGAAAGGAAUUAUUCAUUGAUGAAGAUCUAAUUGUCUGGCACCCAGCUUUUAAUGAGGUUCUUCCAAUUUCUCAAUGCAAUGAUCCUUGUUUACCUGGAUUCUGGAAGAAGGGGAUUGAGGGGGAUCAGUUCUGCUGCUAUGACUGUGUUCCAUGCCCAGAAGGGAAGAUUUCAGAUCAAAAUGAUAUGGAUGACUGUUUUAAAUGUCCAGAAGAUCAUUAUCCAAAUAAAGAAAAGAAAGGAUGUAUCCUGAAACCGGUGGUGUUUCUAACCUUUGAAGAACCGUUAGGAAUUGGUUUAGCCUCAGCAGCUCUUGGUUUCUUCUUCUUGACAUCUUCGGUCCUUGGAACAUUUAUUAAGCACAGGGAUACUCCCAUUGUCAAAGCCAACAACCGGUCCCUCACCUACACCCUUCUUGUCUCUCUUCUGCUCUGUUUUCUCUCCUCUUUCUUCUUCCUCAGCCAACCUGGCAAAGUGACCUGCCUUCUCCGACAAUCAAUGUUUGGCGUCACUUUCUCAGUGGCCAUUUCUAGUGUACUGGCCAAAACCAUCACUGUGGUUGUGGCUUUCAUGGCCACAAAACCAGGAUCUCAAAUGAGGAAAUGGGUGGGGAAAAGAUUGGCUUUUUCUAUUGUCCUUUCAUGCUCUCUAGUACAAGUAUGGAUUUGUAUUCUUUGGUUGUCGACAUUUCCUCCAUUCCCUGAGUUGGACAUGCACUCAACGCUCCAAGAAAUGAUUUUACAAUGCAAUGAGGGGUCAACUUCAUUCUUCUACUGUGUCUUGGGCUACAUGGGUAUCUUGGCUAUUGCCAGCUUUAUUGUAGCUUUUCUUGCCCGUAAAUUACCUGACAGCUUUAACGAAGCCAAGUUCAUCACCUUCAGCAUGUUGGCCUUUUGCAGUGUGUGGAUCUCCUUCUUUCCAGCCUAUCUGAGCACAAAAGGAAAAGCCAUGGUAGCUGUGGAGGUCUUCUCCAUCUUGGCCUCCAGUGCUGCAUUACUGGGAUGCAUAUUUCUGCCCAAAUGCUACAUCAUUGUUUUGCAUCCUGACCUCAACCACAGGGAAAAUCUCACAAAGAGAAAUUAG